AUGGAUCUGCCUUACUACCACGGCCCUCUGACCAAGCAGGAAUGUGAAGCCUUGCUGUUCAAGGAGGAGGUGGACGGUAACUUUCUGAUAAGAGACAGUGAGUCCUUACCAGGAGUACUGUGCCUCUGUGUCUCGUUUAAACACCUUGUGUACGUGUACCGAAUCUUCAGCGUGCAACACGGAUACGAGAUACAGACUAAGGAAGGUCAUCCCAAACAGAUCUUCCCAAACCUCAGGGAGUUAAUCUCCAACUACAAAAAGCCAGAUCAAGGACUGGUGGUUCACCUUUCCAACCCAAUAGAGAGAACCAGCUGUCCAAGCUCCAGAAUGCAAUCAGAGCUGAACGACAUUUAUGAGAACAGUAACCAGGAGUAUGUGGACGUCUUGCCUUGAAGAUAAGAAGAGUGAAGAAAGCAAUCAGAGAUGGGGCUGAGUGUUUCCUGUCACCGCCUUGGCAGGUCUAAAUCUGGAACGCCAAAUUCUAGUGGACAAUGCACACCCUCCUGUCUGGGUGACAGGGUCUUCCACCCGGUGUCCUCAGAGAAGUCACUCCCCACAUCUCUGCCUCCAGGCAUACACCCAGAGAAGUCUGGAACCACUCCUUACCUCUCACUUGCUUCCUUGGAAAGGCAGCCAGAACCUGUCCCCUGACUUGUAAAAGGCACUACCACAGCACCAUGAUUGGCACCCUCUUUCUGGCAGGGCACCCUGAUGGCAGCGUCAUACAGAGGAAAGAGCACUUGGCAGUGAGUCCAGAGCUCCAGUCUCAUGGCUCUGUGACUUUGAACACAUCUCUCCUGUCCUGUGAGGCCCAGUUCCUUCCUCUGUAAAGCACAUGGUUAGGCAGGUGAUACUUACCGCUAGGUCCUUGGGGGCCCAGGCUGGUUGUCUAGGGAGGAGCAAGGGAACCCAGGCAUGGCAGAGGUAAGGUCUGAGUGCAGGGAUCAGGUCCACCUCCCAAAGC